AUGGAUGAAGUGGAGAUAACUGAUCUGUGUGUCCGCACAGAAGUGGGUAUCAGUCCACACGAGCUUGGAAAACUCCAAGAGCUUUACAUCACCAUGCGACUGAGAACAUCCAUCAAGACAGCUGGCGAGACAGAUCGCGUCGAAGAUACCAUAAACAACAAGACCAUUACAAAAGAAGUUCUCUUCCACGUCGAAAACAAGAAAUACAACCUAAUUGAAGCAGUCGCGACUGAUGUAGCGCCGGUUUCUUUGAUUUAUUCAAAUUUCAGCGUUCGAAGCAACUCAGUCUCGUUGGUUCAAGGAGACUUGACAUGCGAUGUAAGCAACACCGCCCAACGAAUCAUCAGUGAGGCCGUGGCAGUCUGGGGGAGACUUGAUGUCUUAAUUAACAACGCUUCUCAGUUCUACGCUACUCUAAUUGGCUCUAUUAAGGAGAAAGAGUGGGAAGACUUGAUCCGAGCUAAUCUAACCUCGCCAUUCUUCCUUUCACAAGUAAGACUGACAUUCAGUCAGGAUCUUCUGCAUCAAAAGCAGCCUACGUUUGCGGCGAAUUAUAGCACAUAUGUCUUGAUAUACUCCAAAGUUACUGAAAAAUUAACUUUGCAGGCGGCGUUUCCCUUCUUAAAAGCGUCCAAAGGAACAAUUAUAAACCUGUGUGAUAUCCAUGGUGUGAGACCAAAGAUCAAUUACUCAGUGCAUUCCAUCUCCAAGGCUGGCCUUCACAUGUGUACCUUCUCAUUGGCUAAAGAGUUCGCGCCAGAUGUGCGCGUGAACGGUGUCGCUCCUGGGUGCAUCCUGUGGCCUGAGGAAUCAUGGGAUGGAUUGUCAGUGGAGGAAAGAGAAGCGCGAAUGAAAGAGAACAAGAAAAAACAAGAAGAAAGUAUCAGUAAGGUGCCGUUUGGUCGGAAAGGAGAGCCUGAAAAUGUUGCUGAUGUUGUGUUAUUUCUGAGUACAUCUGCUGAGUACGUCACUGGGCAAAUCAUUGCAGUUGAUGGAGGCCGUAUCUUGCAUCAGUAAGUCCCGAGCGUCAGUGAGUCCCGCGGGUCAACGAGCUGAAUGUACUGAUCGUUUCCAAAUGUAAUUCUAAAUGUUCCUCCCUGAAUUCUUUUCUGAUUUAUAGAUAACAUAUA